AUGAAAGUGAUCAGGAUUGAGCCAUCCUGCAUUACUUUCCCAAAUACUUAUAUAUCAGCAGUAUCGCAAUACACCCUCACAAUAUAUAAUGAUGGCGAAGAUACAAAUACUCUUACUUGGAGAAGAUAUUCAACCACAUCUGAAGAAGAAAAAGUAUCAGAAAAGUUUAUCGAGGAAGAUUCUACAGACAGAAACGAAAAAGUUGAAAGUCUGCAGUAUUUAUCCGAAAUUUUCGUAGUUGAUCAAAAACCAUUUGAAGUUUGGCCACAUAGCUCUAAACAAAUACUAGUUAAAUACCAGCCACAACUCGCUCAACCAUAUAACGAAACAGCUUACCUUCAAUCUAAUAAAUUUGAUGAGAGAAUACCAGUGCAAUUUACAGGUUUAGGACUUCCACCCGAUGCAGUCUUUAACGUUAGUGCUGUUAACAUCGGACAUGUAGUCUUGGAUAGUGUUCUCGAUUAUAAGAUCGUUUUACAGAAUGUAGGUCAAGUUGACGUCGAUUUUAAAUAUAAUAACGAUCCAAGUCGAUAUUUUGUCUUCAAUCCAUCGUCAGGACAUAUUCCUAUUGGUGCGUCUAAAGAAAUUAUCGCGACAUUUACGGCAAAUUUUGUUGGUUCGUUCAAUGAAGAUUUUGAAUUCAAAAUUAAAGGGGCAGUCAAGAACUUUCCAAGAGUUAACUUCUAUGGAAGGGUUGUUGGUCCUUCUUAUACAAUAAAUACCAAAGCAAUUACUUUUGGCGACGUUUCUUUCGGAUUUAUUCAUACAAAAACAUUCGAAAUCGAAAAUAAAUCAGAUAUUCCAUUCGAUUAUACAUUUGUACUUGAAUACAAUGGCGAUUUUAGCGGAAGAGAGUUCGCAAUUACGCCAAUUUCAGAAACAAUCGGAAAAUACGGAAAACAAACUGUAAAAGUGGAAUUUAUUCCAACUAAAAUACAAAAAUACAAUCUCAAAAUGCAUAUGAACAUCGCACGACUUGGACAAAACCUUGUUUCGAUUCCAAUUUCAGCAAAUUGCAUUUCACCAGAAAUUUUACUUACAAACGCAACUGUCGAUCUCGGAAACGUAUUCAUUGGCUAUCAGUACACUGGCUCUGUUACUUUAGUCGAUAAUACUGAAUUUCCAGCAAAAUUCGAAUUUGUUGACACGAACGACUCUUCAAAACUACAAGCUGACAUCGAAAUUGUCAAGCACAAUGGACAAAUUGAUGCCCGCUCCAAGACGGACUUCCAAUUCAAGUUCACUCCCCUUCAACUUGGACCAUUAAACAUUGUUCAGUACAUAAACAUCCUUGGCAGUGCCGACAAACCACUUUCCUAUUGUAUAAAAGCUGUUGGCAUUGGUCCAGCCAUUUCUCUCAGCCAGCAGCAGCUUUCUUGGGGAUCAAUCCCUGUUCUCAAGAAAUACAACCAAAAACUUGUUCUUACAAACAACGGAAAAAUCGUUGCCAAUUUCAAGGCAUCGGUUGAGAGUGAACAAAGUGUUUUCUCAUUAAACACAUUAAGAGGAACAAUCAAACCAAACGAGUCGACAACAAUAGAAGUCACCGCUUUCCUCGAUGACAACACAGAAUUCAAAGGAAAACUCAUUUUUGAAUUCGAAAACUUGACACCAAUCAUUGUUCCUUUGAAAGCAAAAGGUGUUGGAACAGCUGUUAGUGCAAGUAUUCCUAUGGAUACAAUUGAUUUCGGAUACAUUUACGCCAACCAACAGAUCACAAAAACAAUAACAUUCACGAAUAAAGGAAGGAAACCACAAGAAAUCAGAUUCACUUUGACGAAACCUAGAUUAGAAACAGAAGACAAAAACUGUUUCUCGUUCAAAGUCAUUCCUGAUUCAGAAGUGAUUGAAAAGAAUGAAUCAGCGGAAUUCACAAUUGUCAUGAGUUGCACGAAACCUGUUGGUUUUUCAAUGAACAUGCAAGUGAAUUCAUCUCAAGGAAGACAAAGAGAAGAAUUGUUUUCUCCUAUGGUUAAAGGAACAUUUGUCAAACCAAAUGUUACUUUCUCAACACAGAACCUGGAAUUUAAACAUCUCCAUGAUAUUCUAAAAGAAAAAGAAUAUCUGGAAAUGACAGGACAAAAAGUUCCUUCACAAGCUUUGUUGACUGAUGAAGAGAAAGAAUUAGCAAUAACUAAUAAUUCCAAACUUCCUUUGACGAUGACAAUUGAUUGUCCUGAACCUUUCUCGAGUUCUUUAAAUACUUUCACGUUGCAACCAAAAGAAUCUGUGAAUUGCAUUGUUACGUUUUCAACAGCGUUCAAAACAGAUUUUGCAUGUGAAACAAUAUUAAAGAAACUCAAUAUUUCUUUGAAGGAUUUACCACAGAAAUUAACUGUUAACUUGAAAGGACAAAUUGUAUUUCCAAACAUCGAUUUCAAUCCAACUGGUUCUGUUGUUUUCGGUUCGAUGUUGAAGAACACUGAACAAACUAAAAACAUCGUGUUAAAGAAUCCAACGGAACUCCCUGCAACUUUGGAAUGGGAAUUGAUGCCUACAGGAGAUUCAAAAGUAGAUUUGUCGAAGAUUUUCGAUAUUUAUCCAAUAAGAUCAACAAUUCCUCCUGGAGGAGAAGAUACAAUGCAUUUCUCUUUCUUCGCAAUGAAUAACCAAGGAGCGAAUGUUACUUACGAAGCAAACGCUGUCUGCAAAGUCGAAGGAGGUCCUGAAUAUUCAAUACCUUUGUUUGGUGGCUCAGCAGACAUUUCUUACACAAUUGAACCUUUACAGUUGAAUUUCGGAAAGAAAUCAUAUUUGACACCAAUUACUUCAUCAAUAAACUUCACGAAUACAUGUGAAGUUCCUUUGAAAUUUGCUGUAAGAGUUCCUAAAGCAUGCAAAUUAAAUCAACUAUCAUUUACUCCAUGCGAAGGAACAUUAGAACCACACCAAACAAUACAAUUAGGUAUAAAUAUCAUUACAGGAAUGCCAAUUGCAUAUAAUGAACAAUUCUUUAUUCAAAUUGGUCACUUUGAAGAAGUUCGAAUUGAUGUUGAAGUUGAAUGUUUCAUUCCUCAAUUGGAAUUCACAAUUCCUCGUAGUUGUGAUGAUCCAACAACUUGUUCAAUCAAAGCGAAGAAAUCUAUAAAGAAACAACCAUCUCAGUUUGAAGUGCAAGAAACUAAAUUAUCUGUUGUCGAAAACGAUUUAGUUUACCAGCAAUUGCAAAAUGUUCCUUUAGUUGGCUCAGUAAGAAGGAAGAGAAAACAAGAACUACAGAAAGAAUACGAUGGUUUCAUUGUUUCUAAAUAUGAUUUCGAUCUUGGAAAAAUUGUAUUUGGUCAAACAAAGGAAUUCCAUUUGAAAUGCAAGACAAUUUCACCUUUCCCGCUCUCUUUCACAUUAAAUACACAAUCAUUAAGUGGAACAGGAUUUUCAAUAGAAACAUCAUCAUUUAAUAAUGUUCCUCCGAAUACAGAAAUUGAUAUUCCUAUUGUUUUUAAUGUCCAAAAGAGAAAGAAUAAUUGUUUAGGAGAAGUUGAAUUUCCAAUACCUUUUGUGAUGUCUACGGAUUUCGCUUUGAUUGUUUAUCUCAAAGCAAAUCUUAUAAUGCCUGUUAUUAACUUAUCACAACAACAUUUCGAUUUCGGAAACGUUGUUGUUGGACAGACAUUGAUUUUGGCAUUGCAACUACAAAAUAUGAAUGAAGUUCCUUGCGAAUACAAGUUUGGAGAAGCAGAAUACACAAAUGUAUUGCAAAGGAAUGUGAUGCAAGGAGUUCCUUCUCCUUACACAGCGAAUCCAUCCAGUGGAAUUCUUCCUCCUUCUUCUUUCAUCAACGUCGAAAUUGCUUUUGCUCCUAAGUCAGAGAAAAACUUUUCGAUGCAAUUCCCAAUCGAAAUCAAACACAACACAAAACCAUUGUAUGUUACAUUAAAAGGAAAUGGCAUACAAUUGAAAGUUGUCUUUGAUCCACCAUCAUUAAAGAUGCCUCCAAUGAUUCCUUAUUCAGAUUUAACGACAACAACUGUUUUGUUGAAGAAUCCAACGAAUUAUCCAAUCGAAGUCAUGGCAAAUCAAUUCGAUUUGCAGUUAUUAAUUGAUUCCCUUGAAGCCAAGCAAGCUCAAAUGGAUAAAGAAAAGAACCAAGAACUCGAAAAGAAGAUUAAAUCAAUGACAAGUCAAGAAAGUCUUGGUCAUCCUAUGAAAGACGCUUCUGAAGAAAUUAUGUUCACCAACCAAACGAUUUCAAGAUUCUCCAUUUGUGUAAUUGUCAAUGGUAUAAGUGGAAGUGGAAGAACAACAGUUGCUAAAGCUAUUUCUGAAUAUUUGGAUGUUCCUUUGUUAAACCUCAAAGAAGUUUGGGCUGAUCUAAUUCAAAGUGAAAAUAAAAAUGGCCCAGAUUAUACAAAUGCAAUCAAAGAUAAGAUAAGUCAACAACGAUAUGCAAAUGGAUUCAUUGUUGAUGGUCUUGAUGCAUUGCCUGAAACAUCAGAUACAGAUACAUUAAUCAUGCAUUGUUUGAAGGCAAAGAAUGCAAUGGAUGAUGUUUUCAACAAUCCAUUGCAAGUCUUCCAACAUCAGGAACAAACAGCAGCAGAACUCGCUCUUUCUUAUUUGUUGGGAGCUCUCGAAGGUCAUUAUGUCUUCCAAAUUGCUCUUAAAGCAAAUAUUGAUCUGAUGAACGAAAGACACUCUCAACAAGAAGUUGUUGAAGCAAAGAAGAAAGAGGAAGAAGCAGCAAGAGAAAAAGAAAUGUUAUUCCAAAUCACAGAGGAAGAUUAUGCAGCUUUAUCUCCAGAAGAACAAGAAGAAGUUGAUAAGAAACGUGGUGAACUUCGAAAGAGAAUGUUAAGAGGAAUUUUGGCAACAAUUAAAGAACAAGACACAGAAACAGAUAAAAAGAGCAGAUCUAAGCAUAAACAUAGAUCAUCAAAAGCAGUUGACAAAUCAGAGAAAUCUGAUGAAAAAGAAUCAAGUCGAUCCAAAUCAUCGAAACAUCAUAGAUCAAGGAAAGACAAAGAUAAAGAAGAGAAAGAAGAAAAGCCAGCCACACCACCAGAAAAAGAUGCUCCUGUUGCAGCGAAACCAGAGCAGAAACCAAGAAAGAAAGGUGUUCCUUCAGAUCCAACAGAAUACGAAAUUGCUAGUUACAUGUUCUCUUUAGGUUCAAUGACAGCAAAAAUAAGAGAAGGAAUUAAUUUCACAGUUAUUGAUCCUUUGUCAAUUAUUGGAAUGGAAUCAAGAGAAGUUUUACCAAAAGUUGAAGAAAUUCCACCAGAAAACACACAAUCAAAAGAAACUCUUCAACAAUCUGGAUCUAAUCGUGCUUCAAAGUCAAACUUGAGUCAGCCAAACUCCAACCAAAUUUCCAAACAAAAUCUUAUGCAGCAACCAGCUUCAAAUGUUGCUUCUAAAGAAGUUAUACAAGAAGUCAAACCAGAAGAAGAGGAAAAGAAGGAAGAAAUAAAGACAACUCCUCAUAUUACUCAAUUGAACACAAUUGUCAUUGACAUUAACAAUGGAGAUCCAGAAUCAAUCAAUGAAGAAGCAAAGAGAUUUAUCCCUCAAAUCAACGGAUUAAAGAACAAGAUUUUCGCAGCUCAAAUUCCAGAACAAAGAUUAAUAAUGCCUGAACAAACAACAUACAAGAAAGCAACAUUAUCUCAGAUGCCAGAUCAUUUCUACAUCCAACUUGAAACAGAAGAUAACGAGAAAAUGAUACAAUGGUUAGAUUCUCGUCCAUCAACUGUUAGCUCAAAUACAGGAGGUAGAAAGAGCCGCACAAAAACAAACAAGAGAGAACCAAGUGUCGUUGAUGAUUUGGACACUUCAAAGAAUACUCCAAGAUGGGUAAUUGGACCAAACUCAGAGAAAGCAUUGACAAUUGUUUUCGAGCCAAAAUUUGUUGGAACAUUUUCCGAUAACAUCAUUUUCACAUUGACAAAUGGUAUGGCUGAUACAUUUAAACUUCAUGUCAGUGGUGAAUGUUAUUGCCCUGAAUUCGAUCGCAAUCCUAAAACAAUGUUCACUAAAGUUGUUCCUCGUUUAGACAAAGGUUGUGAAGGCGCUUUCAUUUUGGAUACAAAUGAAUUCAAUUUCGGACCUUUGUUAGUGAACAAAGAUAAAGGAAAUGCAAAGGGAACACCUCAAAAUGGACCUUCUCCUUACAAAGGUGUUGCAACUAUCACGAAUACUUCACAAUUCCCAAUCGAAUUUACUGCUCAAAUAACAGAUCUCACAGGACACAAUGGUUUCUCAAUAGAAAAUAAUAAUUUCAUUGUGGAGAAAGAUCAGUCUUAUCCAUUCGUGUUCAAGUUCAAUGCAACUAAUGCUGAGAUUUACAAAUCUCAAAUCAAACUCUUCGCGCAAGAUAAUCCUGAACCAUUUUCUUUCAAUGUUUCCGCAGAAGGUUGCAUUCCUUGCAUUGAACCUUCAACAACAUCAUUAGACUUCGAGAAACUGUUGUUGAAUCAAACAAGAACUCUCAAAGUCGAGUUGAAGAACACUGGAUUAAUUCCUGCUGCUUGGGCAUUCAAGAACAUUGCAACAUUAGAUAAGAACUUUACUUUGAAUGCAACAGAAGGAAUUAUUAAUCCAAAGUCAACAUUCGUCUUGACAGCGACAUUCACUUCAGCGAAGGCUGUCGUUAUCAAGAAAGGUUUGACUUUGGAAGUGUCAAAUAGAGAUAAGACGAAAGCAUUUUCUUCAUAUAAUUUCAACUUCCAAGCUGAAGCAUUCGAAAUCAAUGUAGAUUUCCAGUUCCCGAAGGGCAUGGAUUGCUUAGAUUUCGGUCCAUUGAAGGUUUCACAGCCAAAGACAUUGAGUUGCACAUUAUUGAACAAAGGAAAAUAUCAAGGAAACUUCAAAGUUCAAUUCACGAAUCCGAAAUUGAACCAGAAUUUCCAGAUUUCUCCAAUGGAAGGAGUUAUUCCUCCUGGAAAGACUCCUGCAACAAUUUCCUUCACAUUUAUGUGCAACAAAGUCCAGAAGUUCGUCAAUACUAAAGGAAUCCAAAUUCUUUUGAGUGAUGCAACAACGGGAAGCAAAACAGAUACUCUUCCAAUUUCAUUCAACGCUGCAACAAUGUACAGCCAAUUCACAAUUCAGCCGCAGAAGAAGAUUGACUUUGGACCUGUAACUGUUUUGAAUAAUGAAGCCAAACAGAUAACAUUAACUAACACUGGUGUAUUCCCAUUCGAUUACGAAGUCACUCCUAAACCAGAGAAAUUGAAUCCUGAAGUAGAAAGCGAAAAAGGAUCAACUAAAAAUGGAAAGAACACGAAACAAGCGAAAGCUCCUCCUGCAAAGAAGAACCAGAAGAAACCAAACGAAAAAGGAGUUUCUUUCGGACAAUUCCUUAUCAAUCCUUCUUCAGGAUCUGUUGCUCCAGGAGCAUCUGUUACAAUUGAUGCAGAAUUCAAUCCACAAAUUCCAGGAAACUCCAAUUCUGUCGCGAUUUUCAACAUCACAGACGCGCCUGCAAAUGGUGGAAAGGUUAACUUCUCUCUCAUGGGAUCAAGCCACAUUCCAGGCAUAGAAUGUACUCAUUACGAAAAGAUCUUUGCUGGACUGACAUUGGCUUUAUCUUACGACAGACCGAAGUUGACACAAAAUGCUUUCAUUGAAGACGAACAAACUUUAGUUUUCAUGCCAAUUGUUGUUGGAACGAAAUCCAAGGUUACCGCCAAAAUUAUUAACAACCAACCAAUUCCAUGUUCUGUUGAUUUAUCUGUGAAACCGAAGGCCAAAGCUUCUGGACAAUUCCCAUUCGAUGUCAGCGAGAAAACACUUAAUUUGAAUGGAAACUCAGAAGCAACAUUUGAUGUCACGUUUUCUCCAAGUGGAGUUGACAAAUUCCUUGGACAAUUUGAAGCCAAUGUAAAGAAUGGAACUGAUGCAGCCACUAAAUGCCUCAAGUUCUCUGUCGAAGGUGUUGGUUCUCUACCACAGAUUUCUCCUGUUGGUCUUGAUAAACCAGGCAAGAAUUCCUCAGUUUAUCAAAUCAACAUGGGUAAAACAUUGGUUGGAUUUUCACGCCAGAAAUCAAUUGUUGUCAAGAAUGAUGGGGUUAUCUCAACGAAAUUGCAGAUUUCCGCGAAGCCAUCUCCUGAUUUCGAAUUAGUUGGAAUUGAUGCAGGAACUACAUACAACAUUGAUCCAAACAGAAUGUUGGAUUUGCCAAUAAUGUUCUCUCCUUCUAAAGUGAGGAAAUGUCAAUUCGAAGUCACUGUUACUUUGGUUGACAAUCCAAAGGGUUCUUUGAACUUUGUUGUCAACGCUGAAGGCUUCAGCGAAGACAUCGUUUUAGAAGGAGUCAAAGGCGAAGACGAAUUAAUGAUGCCUGAUACAGUUGUUGGUCGCCAGAAUUCUGUUGUUUUCACAAUGAAGAAUGUUUCACCAGCAGAUAUCAGAUUCCAGUGGCAAGCUCAUCCUGAUUUCACUUUCUCUCCUUCUGUAGGACACUUGAGACUCGGAAAAUCUAAGGAAAUCACAAUUUCUUACUUCUCCGACAAGCCUGUCAAACAUCAAGGAACCAAGAUUGCCUGCACAUGGACAAGAAUCAACUUAGCAGCUGCUAAUUCUCCUGAUUGGGAUGAUUCGAUGAAAGUUGUUAAAUUUGUCCAGAAAUCUGUUCUCGAAGCAAUGCAGCAACCACAAGAGGAAGAAGUCAAAGAAACUAAACCAGGAAAGAAUGGAAAGAGACAAACAUCAUCAAGAGGAUCUGUUAGAGGUUCCCAUGCUGAUGUUAAAGCAGCUACGCAAGCAAAGGAUUCUCCAUUACAACAGCAGCAAGCUAAAGAUCCAAAGAAUGAUGGUGACACAUUUGUUAAAGUUAUUGAAGUUAAACCAGAACCAGAGAACACAAUACAGCCAAAUAGCAAGCCUAAUAGCAUGGCUAUCAAGGUCUUUGCUAUUUCAGAUUCAAUCAAAUAUGUAAUUGACACGAAUGAAGUCAACUUCAGUCCAACAAUGAUGUUUGAAACUCGUUCGGCAGAUGUUAAAAUUACAAAUCCGACGACAAUUAGAUUUGAUUAUUCCUGGAGAAUCUCAGAAUUCAAGUCCCUCAGAAGUGAUUAUCUUACUACACAUGGAUAUCCUCUUAAAGUUUCCCCACACACAGGUUUCAUCGAACCUGGUGGUUCAACAGUUUUCCAUAUUGUUUUCGCUCCAAUGGAAGUUGAUGAUUUCACGGCAUCAUUGACAUGUGAUAUUCCAUUUAUCCAGACCCCUCCACCUCAAGUCAAAGUCACUGGUCUAUCAAGACGUCCUUUGUGCCACUUCAAUGUUCAAUUAUCAGACUAUCUCACAAGAAGACAUCCGGAUUAUUCUUACAAGUUACCAACAGAUGUCAAAGUCAUCGAAAUCUUUGCGAAGAAAGUCGGUGCAAAAGCUAUGUACAGAUUCGAAGUUAUCAAUCCUACAUCCACUCCUUACGAAGUUACUUUCUCGAGAGUUGACAAUGGAGAACCUCUCGCAAACAAAGUUAAUUGCGAAACUCCAAAUGCUUUACUUUCGAGUGGAAAAAGAUUCACCGCUGCUUUCUCCUACAUUCCGGAUUCUCACAAGACAAUAGAGAGCCUCUGGGAAUUCAGAAUUGGAGGACAUGAUGGUGUUGUAACAAUUCUCGUAGUUGGCAGAAUUAUGCCGCAAUAA